AUGACCAUAUCAAAACUCACCACAAACGCGAAAAGGGUGGAAAUCUAUUGCUACGGGAUCUUCCUCCGGAUCGACAGCAAGAUCUCGCGGUUGUUCGUCACAGACUUCACCGCCAACCGCCAGUUGGUGGGCGAACACACGGUGGAAAACGACUUUGACCGCAAGAUCCUCCCCAAGGAUAUGUUGCUCCAAAUCACGAUCUGGCCACCGGAGCUCCGGAAGUUGCAACACGAGUUCCGCCAGUACAUGGGCGAGGACUUGGUCGACAGCGGAGCCGACACCAAUGAGUUUUACAUCAAGGAGAAGAUUUGCUUUCUUCGUGUGACCAUCGACACAAAGUUGUAUCGAGGGGUGAUGGAUGCCAAGGCAAACAAGGUUGAGGUUUUGGAGAAGGAGAAUUGUCGUGAGGCACGUGAAUUGUACCGUAGGUUCUAUGAGUUUGUCCCCAAAUCGUUUCUGGAGAACCUUUCGCAUGUCAUAGAGCGUCGUAUCCCGUUGGAUUGUAUGCCCGAGAACCCUUUCCCCGAGACGUACCCCAACCAGGUCAAGCGUGAAUCGUCCUCCGAGGAGGUUCCUCCAUCGUUGGUGAAAGAGGAGGAGCCCGACUCCCAUGAUGACGACAUUUAUUCUGAUGGGAUCAUUCCGGACACUCAACAUCCUGAGGACUACCAUAGUGCUGGGGAGGACGCAUUAGCAUCCAUGGGGCACAAUGGACAUUGUAGUAGUAUUAGUGGUAAUCUAUCGGCCCAUGCGGCUGCAUCUGCAGCUGCCAUUGCCUCUUUCCAAUCUUUCCAGACUCCUCCAUCACUUAAAUCUUCCAUGGGAGCAGAUUCCCAACAUUCAUUGGGACUGGUACAUAGAACUCGUCCAGUAUCGACCCAACUGCAGGACAGUGCUUCAUAUGGACAAUCCUCCACCACCAGGAACUUUGCCAAAUCCCCACGUUCCUCACCAUCUCCACCGUUAACCUCGCUGGAUUCUCAGGAAACUCAUUCUAUCUCACAAGUACUUUCCUCGGGGAAUGACGUUGAUAAUCGUCUUUACCGGGUCCGUGCGUACAUUGCCGGAACUAUCCCGGCGGAUCUCUCACAAGUUUGUGUCAAGAACUACACAUACGACACAAUCUUGGAAAGACCCGUGCUAGAGGAUCCAUUCCUUCGACAAUUGGAAAUCAUUUUGAGUGAUAAUACAAACCCUCGGACUGUUCUCACGGAGAAAAACUCCUUGGUUCUCACCUUGAACGAGGAAGAACUUCUCCUGUUCUUUGAUAAAGAGUUCAAGGAGGAGAUCUACACCACGGUGGCUACUGCCAAUCAAAGUUUCCGUGACUAUCUUCUGAACAACCCACAGAAACUCCUCACAAUCAACGUGAAGAAGAGAGAUGCGGUACAUUCACAACUUCCUCCUGUGUGGACCAUCCAUGACUUGAAAUUGGACGACAUCAUCUAA